CCGGCGAUAUGACAUGGUUCAUUAUUUUCGUGAGUCUCCUGGUCAGCGUGCAAUCCGCCAGCGGCGUUACCGAAUAUGAGCAAGUUGCCGCAGAUCAGGCAGUGAGCAUUGAUUUGAUGGUGAAUGGAACAGCGACUUCCUGCGAUUCCGAAACGAAUAUUAAAAAGAAAUAUCCGUACAAUGCUUCGAAUAAAGAUAUCGACGAUCGUAUUGCAUCCUCCUCGGAGAAAGAAAUCUGUUCUGUGACAAUUGAUUCUAAAGAAACAAAAGACACUGGCAAUUGGACGAUAACGGCGCAUUGGAAUCAUACAGCUAUUUCUAAAACGUUCAAAGUAUACAUGAAGGAGCUGGUUAAGGCGGCAACCGGAAAGCAGAUUCACGUUGUCGAAGGAUACCAUGUUCAUGUGAAGAUCAACGCUGACCUGACUAAUCUGACGAACUGCAUACUCACCAUGCCGAAUAAGACAGAAAUGAAUAUGCUAACCGUGAAGAGAAAGGACAUGGAGCUAUUCGGAGGCUGUGGAUUUCGCGGAUUGUUGAAUCAGAGCGACUCCGGAAACUGGGCUUUGACAGCGAUCGUCAACGACAACAGGGUGCUCAGGGACGAGGUGAACAUUUAUGUGCACGAGAAACCAGCGAGACCCGAUGAAAUGAAUGUUACCUCUCUGAAACGUGGCGCGGAAGGAAUACUGAAUCCAGUCCAUUCUGAGGUUAUCUCUUGCGAAUUGAGAGGUCCAGAUGGUGUGCAGACACCUUUAAUUUUCAACUCGUGCGAGUACAAGAUUCCUGUGGUCACGAUUCGCCACGAAGGCACCUGGACUGCAGUAUAUAGCACGGUAGGAAUGAUACGCCCUACGUUUACGACGUUCAGAGUCGUCACUUAUGCGUCGCAAGAUAUCGACAGCAACGUUACUUUGACAGAGCAUAAUGAAAUCCAACUCCUCUGUCACGUUUACAUCAGCGAGCCGCAAACGUUUAAAUUCUGUCACUUCACCAGGCCAGACGGACACGUAUUGAACCUGUCCCCCGGCAUCGGGGACGCCUAUUAUCAGGCUUCUAUGGUUUCAUACACGGAAAUGGAAGAGAAUCAUCUUUACUGCGGCUUGAUUAUUCGUUCGCUACGGUCGGAAGACUACGGGUUCUGGAAAUGCGGGAUAAGAACCAGGAAAGAGAAAUACUAUGGUACUGUGAUCGAUCUCACUUCAGACCCAUCGGAUAAGUAUAGACCAGAAAGUGUACCUAUGCACAUGAACAUCACGGUGAAUAACGUGUACGCGAGGCAAGGGGAUUCGUACGAGAUUAAAUGCACCGCGAAUGCAGUACUAAGCUAUUGUUGGUUUCGGAGUCCCAAUGGAACAGCUUAUUCCGUCUCGCAGUCAGAACCUCGGACACCCUUCAGUCUGCCUUAUGUAGGCGCCGGGCUCCCUUUGGGCGACUGUGCUGCGAAAAUCGACCAUGCCACUUUCACGGAUCAAGGUGAAUGGACGUGCAACGUGGGCGUCGUUAAUGGAUUCGAGGAACAUGAGACGUUCAUUGUGAAUGUCGCUGAAAGCUAUGUAAUACCGGCGCAGUCGAAAUUAACAGCCGCAAGAGCUGAUACCAUAACUCUAUCUUGCAACAUCCUUCCAAAUGUAACGGACAGGGCAGUUCAUUACUGCCGGUGGAUCCGGCCGGACGGAUAUGGAAUUUACAAUGGUCUAAGUCAUCGAUACACGACCCAAACCAGCUACACUUGGUGCAAAUUAAUCAUAGCACAGGUCUACAUUGACACCGACAUCGGCAAUUGGACCUGCGUAAUAGGAACGAUCGGUUCGACCAUCGAAGAAUCCCAAGCAACAAUAAUCCUUCGUUCCGAGAGUAAACUGUACCACACUGUGAUCGGCGUCACGCUAGCCAUCUCGAUGACGAUAACCAUCAUCAUUUCCUCCAUGGCCCUGGUACACGUGCGCAAAAGGCACUAUUCAUCGAUGCGGAAUUCGUCGCAAGAUUCGUCGCAAGAUCCGCCGCCUUACAGCAUCGAACCGAGCCCGAGGCCUAGGUUCCUGAGGGCGGAAAGCGAAUCAAAAGAAUUUCGAUAUUGA